CCAAAAAUUUCAAUCCUCUCUUCUUCCCUUUUCCUACACUUUAGUUUGCUACACCAAAUUCUCUCUCCCUUCUCUUAUUCUUAUUAUUCCUCACCAAGCCUAUUAACAAAUAUUUUGUUACACCAAAUUAUUAGCCUCUCAAAAAUGGGAUCACCCGAAUCAAAUUUGCCACCAGGUUUUAGGUUCCAUCCAACGGAUGAAGAACUCAUUCUUCACUACCUUAGGAAGAAGGUAGCAUCCAUACCCUUACCUGUUUCCAUCAUCGCUGAGGUUGAUAUCUACAAAUUGGAUCCAUGGGAAUUACCAGCUAAGGCUGCGUUUGGUGAGAAAGAAUGGUACUUCUUCAGUCCAAGAGACCGGAAGUACCCAAACGGUGCGAGGCCAAACAGGGCAGCUGCUUCAGGGUAUUGGAAGGCUACGGGUACCGACAAGACCAUCGUGGUGUCGCCGGCGGCCACAGUUACACGUAGAGUAGGCCAAGAGAGCAGCGUUGGUGUCAAGAAGGCUCUUGUUUUCUACAAAGGAAGGCCUCCAAAGGGUGUCAAAACCAAUUGGAUCAUGCACGAAUAUCGUCUUGUAGACAACAAUAGACCCAUUAAGCUCAAAGAUACUUCCAUGAGAUUGGAUGACUGGGUUCUAUGCCGGAUUUAUAAGAAGUCGAAAUUCUCAGUAUCUUCACCGGAGGAAUCACCGUCGAGUGAAGUUCAGGCUGCAGAAGAAAAUGGUUUAUUCAAGAACACCAUUUUAAGGAGUCCAAUUCCAACACCGUCGCCAUCGCCACCGUCGCCGCUGCCGCAGCCACUGCUCUCUCAAAAAUCUGUGUCCUUCUCAAACCUCUUAGAUGCCAUGGACUACUCCAUGCUCAGCACCAUCUUAUCUGAGAACAAUAACAACAACACCCUUGAUCAGCAACAAUACUCGCAGAUCAACACCAACCAAUUGAACCAUUCAUCGAACAUGGAGAACAUUAGUAACAGCAACAUGAUGGUGAUGAGGUCAAAGCGCCAGAUAGAGGAGGAAACAACAACGGUGUUGCACCCAUCAAAGAAGUUCCAUCACCAACUUAUGGGCUCUUCUUCUUGCAGCUUCCCUAAUAACAUUAACAACACAAACACUGCACAAUACGAGAACCCGCAAUGGAACUACCUUGUCAAGCAAUCCUUCUUGAACCAGCACUUACUUCUCGCUCCUCAUCUUCGAUUUCAAGGAUAGACCAAAAUAAGAAAAAGAAAACAAAAAUUGAAAUUAGGAAAAGAUAUUUGAAAUAUCGAAUCCACAAGUUGAGCCCACCGAUUUGGUCAUUAUUAGUACACAGAAAAUUACAAAAGGUACCGGUUUUUUUCUUUUUAAUUUAUUUUUUGUUUUGUUUAGUUCGUGCUUGAUAAAUGAAAUUAGAGAUUAUUGUUAGAUGAUUAUUGAUGAAGCGGAAUAAAAAAGAUUCCGUUAUUCAAAGAAAAAUAUCCUAGCUAGUCUCUUAAUUUUGUGACAAAUCAGAAGCAAAUUCAUGUACAAAAUGUUAAUUAUAUUUGUACGUGGUGUUACGUUAGUUGUUGGGUUUGGCAGGUUAGCUUUAUUGAUAUUGAUAGAUAAAUAUACUCUUUGUAGAUAAAGGUAUUGUUCUGAUUUUGUGAUCAUAUAUUUAUAUAUUUUUCAAUUUUCAUUCUUUUCCGGGAAAAAAGUUUACGGUAGC